UCCUCGCGUGUUUUCCUCCUCGUAAAUCUCCAGAUUCCUUGCGUUUUCCCUAGCAUUUCAGCGCCAAGUUCUGAAAAAUUUAAAACAUAUUUACGUUAUUUUCUUUUUCUUCACUGCGUUCAGAGAGCUUCCCUAAGUUUUAAAGUGGGGAUGUGGAUUCAUUCACGUAGUGAUAGUUUUCGUCUUACUAACAAAGACAAACACUCAGCUAUCAGUGAAUAUCACGCCAAACCUUUGCUUUCUAACUGUUGACCUUUAUGCCGCAGUCUAUUUUCCUUGAGUCACCAGCACAUUCAACUUCUCUAAUUAUUUACGGAUGGUUUAAGGCCUAAGGAGUAGCAGAGACAGCAAUAAGAAUCGGCAAAAUUCAGGUUACAGGGAAGUAGAAAUGAAGAUACCUUAUCAGGCUCACAAAGCUUAUAAUUUAUUGUUCAGUCACUUUGAAUUCCAACAGAGGAAAAUUUUUUUGAUUGUUACCAGUUUCUUGUCAUCAUAAUACAUUCCAAAUAUAGCAGCUUUAUUAAUCAGACUAAUGUUGCCUUAAGUGAUAAAUAUAAGAAUGUUGGGCUUAAAAAGAAAGAGCAUUUUCAUAGACGAAUCGAAAAUCGGUGCUUUACUGAACGAUUGCGAUGUAACUGAUAGUAAAAAAAUCAAAAUUUUCAUAUUUGAUAGUGAAAGAAAACCGUGUUCUGAAGUCAACAAUGAAAGAAAAGAUAUUGGCUGUGCUUCAGAAAAUAAGAUAUGCAAGAGUGUUGCAGAAUAUUGUACUUCUCAAGCUGUUGUUUUAUGCAGUUUCAAAAUAAAUAGCUACAAGUUAAAAACAAAGUCAAUUAAUCAGAAGUUAGUACAUAAAAGUUAUUAUCUUCAAGAUAUAUAUCAGUAUCUGAAAGAAAAAGAACGUAAUAACUGUCCAUUGCCUACUUACAUAUUAAGGCAACCGUGGAUUUCGUUGUCAUCUCGUAAUAUUGUUAUCGAUGCCUUAAUUUAUGUUACAUAUGUACUGGAAUUCGAUGAUAACGUACUUUUCCUUUCUGUUUAUUAUUUAGAUCGUUUUUUAUCUCUUGUUUUUGUCAAAGGUACCAAACUGGCAGCUGUUGGUUUUGCAUGUUUAUUUAUCGCUUCAAAAUAUGAAGAAGCAACCACUGAUAGAUUAGAAGAUUUUGUUCCUUUUAUGAAAAACAUAUGUACAAAGAAAGAAAUAUGUGAAAUAGAACGCAAAAUUCUAAAAACAUUAGGUUUCGAUAUAAGUGGCCCAACAACAUGUUUCUUUCUAGAAUGCAUCUGUUCUACGAUGGAAGUAUCUGAUGCAAUAUUUUUUUUUGCUUUGUUCAUCUUAGAAAUGACACUGAUGGAACCUGACUCUUUUUUAAAAUUUUUGCCAAGCAAACUUGCAGCUUCUGCCCUUGUUGUUGCAACUAACAUGCUGGAUAUUCCUUUUUGUGAAAAAAUGCUACAAACUUCUUCUGGUUAUAGCCAAACUGAUACAAAUACCUGCUGCAAACUGUUACGUAAAUUGUACAGAAAAUUUAUAUCUCGUCCAAGACGUUCCAUUUAUGAAAAAUAUAAAUCAUCUGAUUACCUCAGGGUUGCAGAUUUGCACACAAACGUCAUGUGAUUGUAUAAAAUAAAAGUAAUAACUUGAUGUAAAAUCCUGUGACUGUAUUUUUAGUUUUCAUUAUAUGUGAUAUAUUACAAUUAUAUGAAUAUAACUUAAUCAUAAUCAUGUAAAGUACCCUGGUUCAAGUUUAAAAAAUAAUUAUGAAUGAUAAUGUUAUUACACUGCAACUUGCUGUGAUGCGUCUUUUCCCUCAUAGUGAUUUUAUACAUGCAAUUGUAAAUUUAAGUAUAAAUUCUAGAAGAUUGAUCUUAGAUAUUUAAAAACUGCAAAAAAAUAAUGAAUUAGGAAAAGUUCUUAAGAAUUAAUAUUUUAUUUAA